CCCAAAACCUCAUCACCUCGCACCAAACUCAGGUGGAAGACGGUGAGCAAGGCAUUGGUGCGGCGACCAAUCAGCCUGUCUUCAUUCAUUCAUCGACAAAGCUCCAUAGUCAAUCUCCUCAUACGGUUCCCCAUCGGCCGCUGGUCAAGAUGCACAACAAGGGCCCAGCUCCGCAGCUCCAUGACGGCAGCAAUCUCCGCAUUGGCAUUGUGCACGCGCGAUGGAAUAACACCAUUAUCGAGCCCCUCCUUGCCGGCGCAAAGGCUAAACUCAAGGAGUGUGGCGUGAAGGACUCGAACAUUGUGGUACAAACCGUCCCGGGCUCAUGGGAGCUGCCAAUCGCCGUCCAGCGCCUCUACGCAGCGUCGCAAGUUCAAUCGGCAUCGGCCGGCAGCGGCGGCUCCGCGGGGGACCUGCUCGGCAGCUCAACAACCGACCUGGCAUCUCUCCCCUCAGCCUCCUCCUCAAAGGGACCGUUCGAUGCCAUCAUUGCCAUUGGGGUGCUCAUUAAGGGCGAGACGAUGCAUUUCGAGUACAUCGCCGGGAGCGUCUCGGACGGGUUGAUGCGCGUCUCCCUGGACACAGGUGUGCCAGUCAUUUUUGGCGUUCUCACCGUCCUGAACGAGGAGCAAGCCAAGGUUCGGGCCGGUCUCAUCGUGGGGAGCCACAACCACGGCGAAGACUGGGGCCUCGCCGCGGUUGAAAUGGGAGUAAAACGGAAGGCCUGGGCUGCCGGAACCAUUGAAUAGAAACGGAACUGUCAAAGUAUUCUUGUAUGCUUAAGCCCGGAGCCUCUUGCACGACCGCACAUACAAGUGGAAGACAAAGGGUCGCUUAUUGUCCUUCCCUUAUUGUAUAUCGGUAUUACCAGAUUAGAGCAUCAAAAAUGCUAUGUCUAUCAUAAUCCUCCGUGCAGCAGGGGCAGACGCCCCUGAGUUCCAAUACCUUAAUUCACAGCUGCCGACUCUCAACCCACUCUGUCAACCCCCGUCGAGAAAACCGCCUGACAAGCCUGAGCGCGAAUAUACAAUGCAGCACCUUUGCCCGGCAUAUUCAAAUGAAUGCUCUCACGGAAUAAGAAAGCAAAGCUUCAGCCAUGCACUUAACACACCUCCACAUCGCCAUUCCAGCCUCCUCUCAGCUGAUGAGCGCGCCAAUACCGUCGCCGAGAGACUUUUUGGCUCUCCAUAACGACUUCUUCUUCUCUCUUUUAGCCUUCAUGGCCUCCCACCCUUCUUCGUCAUCGUCAUCUGAAGCGCUGCCAGACUUUGCCGCGGUCAUAUUGAGCUGCGAGACGGCACCGGACAUGGUAGAUGACUUUCGCAGGUGGCUCGUUGCGGGUGCGACUGGCACAUGCGAGACGGGACGGUAGCGGCCCGGAAGACCGAUGUUGCUGCGCUCCGAGGGGGCGAUCGACGGGGUAUAGCCGCCGCUUUGGCCCCGACUCGAAGGCGCGUAGCCAACGGGCUGUGUUGGCUGAAUCCAAGACGCGGAACUAGGCUGAACCAUGCUCAUGGUGCGCAUCUGGGUCUCACCCCGCCCGAAAGGGAGAUCGAGCAUCGAGUCGUUACCGACGAAGGAGUGCCGCAUAUCGGGGCCCCUGAGACCUUGAGCGAAACCGCCGCCCAUAGCGGUCAGGUUCCCGGUCGAUGGCGAUGUCAACGGGCCGCCAGCCAUAGACGGAGCGUUUCCGGUCUGGCUCGCCAUCAUCUGCAUAAAUUGCAUCUGCAUUUGCAUGAACUGCUGCAUCUGCUGGGUCAUUUGAAUUUGCGCCUGAUCGCCAGGUGAGAGCACUUGGUGGUUCGGGUUUGGAUUGGCUUGGUACAUCAUGUGAGCAGGGAUACCCGCGAUGGGAUCAAACCCAGCUGUUCCGGCAGUCGGGCCGGGGCCGUCCAGAUGCGGACUGCCUCUUCUCAUCGCGCGGUUACGUUCCUCGCUGGCGAUCACCCCAAUGAGGCCACCCGGAGGGACUGAGGAACCGGAUUGACCUGGCGCAGGAGCACCGCCGCCGAGGGCGAAGCUCUCCCGGACUGAAUUGCGAACGAGGCUGGCGCCAACAAAAGGGUCCUUGGGAAGGUUUCUUGCGAAGGCAGGAAGACGCGAGUUCCCUAAUCCCGGUGCAUCCCCGACUACGGACAUCGGUCGCUGAUAACUCGGCUGCUGCGAGGCCCGCAAAUUCGGAUUCGACCCCAUGGUGCUCAAGCGGUUCGGUGGGCGGUUCUUUGCCGGGAAGCCAUGCGCUGCAAGGAUAGCCAAGGGAAUGUCCUCGUCCUCGUCAGAGUUCUCAGACGUGUUAGCCGCGCUUGGGCCGGGUGCGGGUGCCGAAUUUGGGAGGUUCGGCGUGCUGAACGACAUUUGCAGACCCGGUCUGGAGGGAGGGGUGCUGCUUGCAGAUUCCCCUGUCACCUUCAUCAUCUGCUGCCGGUAGACCGACAUGUGUGCCUCUUGCUUCCGUCUCUGCUUCGCUUGCUGCCUCGCCUUUUCCGCAUCGUCCUCCUCGUCUUCAUAAUUUUCUUCAUCGUCCUCAUCCUCGCCAGCCUUGGCCCCAGGUGCACGUAACAACUCGCGCUCCCUGUCCUGGCGUUCCUUAUCUUUGCGGUAUCGUUCAAAUUCGGCGGGAGUCAUAACUUUGUGGCCUCCGGACAGGCUAUUCUGGUUCCGAGCACCAGAAUAACGACCCGGAUACUGGGAGGAAUGUCCCGGGCGCGAGUUGAACAAGCCAUCCCCAUCUCGCUCCAAGCCAUUCCCACCCCUGGAGUAUCCGUCAACUGGCGCAGAGUCUGGGCCACCUGUCCCUGCUAUGAACUUGGUCACGGUCGAUAGCGAAUCCUUGAGCAGUUUGGCCUCCUCAUCCUCUGCGUCCUCUUCGACCGAAUCGCUCCUCUGGGGAGCGAGCAAAGGUCGACUCGGUCCUACUUCUGGCGAAUGUCCCGACUCCUGCCGUUCGGGCAGCGGUGAUGUGUGACGCUCCGGAGGCGGCGCGUCGUUCUUGACAGUGGGCGACAAUGGAGGACUGGAGGAGGCAAUCAAUUGGUCGUUGGAAUGCUGGCUGCCCCAUGAGUUUGGCGGUGGCUCAACCUUGGUGGUCGUGUCGAUCUGAAUCGGUGAUGGUUGAAUUGGUCUGGGCGCUGUGAGGGAUCGGGGAGGGGGCACCGGCCCAGAAUACUGCUCGUUUCUGACGGUCGCCACACUGGCUCGCUUGUCACUCUCUAGCACCAACUUCCCGAAAUCGCCGCCCAAAUCCAAGUCAAAGUCAUUGUCGAGCCGGGGGGGUGUCACCGUGGUAGUCGUCGAGGUGGAAGAAGUGGGUGCUCUUGGCCGUCCAUUGGCAGGAGUCGGCACACCGGUCACAGCCGGGCUCGACGGCGGUGACUCCUCGAUCGUAGGGGGGGCGGGGGAUGGUUUCUUUGGUCCGCCGAAGGAGAACGUGCGCCCGGCAGCUUUCAGGAACCCGGCGGAGGAAGGCUUUGGGAUAGGAGGUGCCGGAACGUCC